CAAGGAACCGAGUGUCUGGCUCGUUGUUGUCAUAUAGAAAAUAUGUACGCAUACAUUUAAGCAUUUCUGGUAUUGUUUAUUUGCUAGGGUUUUUGGGCUUAGAGAAAAAAAAAAAGAAGAAGAUGAAAACAGGGGAAGAAGGAGAAGUGGUGGUCUCUCUUGAUCUUCUCAUGAAAAAAAUGGAUGAUUUUGCAAAGGACAGAGACUGGGAGAAGUUUCACAGCCCUAGGAACCUCCUCUUGGCUAUGGUGGGAGAAGUUGGAGAGUUAUCAGAGAUAUUCCAAUGGAAAGGUGAAGUGCCGAGAGGGCUUCCUGGUUGGAAAGAAGAAGAGAAAGUUCAUCUUGGGGAAGAGUUAUCAGAUGUGUUGCUGUAUCUGCUGAGGCUCUCAGAUGUUUGCGGCAUCGAUUUAGGCAAAGCUGCUCUGCGAAAACUGCAACGCAAUGCCAUUAAGCACCCCUCUGAACCACCAGCCAGCAAACAAGAACACCAGUGAUGGUGAACAACAAAUUUUGGCUUAAAGACUGACUUUUUAUGUCUUGGAAGGUGCUUAAGAACAGAUCAUUAGCAGUAGUAUCAAGUAUUAGUCUUGGGUUUUUAAUCGUUUCUGGUUUAUGUUUGUGUUUUUGGGGCUGAAAGAAAGAGGGUAAAGGAAGUGCCUUUUGUGUUUUUGUUGAAUAUGUGGUUUGGUGUUUUUGUGGGAUAAAGAACAUCCUUAAUAGAUGUCAGUUUUUGGAUGCUUUGUCUUAAUCUUUCUUUUUAUUUCUUUUAAUCAACUCUGUUAAAAUGAAAUUACAGUAGCUUUUUAUGA